AUGGGUAGUAUGGACUGGAAGAUAGGUAACCAACAAGCAAGAGAUCCUCGGGGAUUCGAUUUUGACUUUUCCAAUCUGGAAUGGGCUGGCUUUGUACCAUAUAGAGGACCUUCUCUAAAAAUAGACCUCUUUGGUAAAGUUGGACUUCAUUGCUACAAUAUGCAAAAGGGGACAAACUUAAAAUUUUUGACUGUACACAAGUAUGACUCAAGAAUAACCUCAAUUCUAUCUCAUUUAAUAACUUUGGAGUUUGGAGGCAAUGGAUCCAAUAGGUAA